GCAAAGCUGGUUUUUUUUUUUCUUACAUGCCAGGAGCACACUUACCCUAUCCUAGUCAUUUGAGAACAACACAUCGCGCAUCCUGUCGGGAAACAUGGCUAUGUUCACGGCCUACAGGGCUGGUGGAUUGCUGAAGUAUUUUUGCCCCGUUUCUUCGGGAUUUAUCACCAAGACUUCUGUUACAAAUGGAGCCCAUUUUAGUAAAAAAACUGUUUUUAUUCGAGCUUGUUCGGCAAGCGUUCUUCAACGGAUUGAGCAGAAAAAGGAAGAGGCCAGUGUUGGCGGGGGACAGAAGAGGAUUGACGCUCAACAUCGAAAAGGAAAACUUACAGCAAGGGAGAGAGUCAAGCUGUUGUGUGACCCAGAAUCCUUUGUUGAAUAUGACAUGUUUAUGGAACACAACUGCACUGAAUUUGGAAUGGAAAAUCAAAAGUUCACUGGUGACAGUGUAGUCACCGGACAAGGAACAAUCAAUGGACGUGUUUGCUUUGUCUUCAGUCAGGAUUUCACUGUAUUUGGUGGUAGCUUAUCCAGUGCUCAUGCUAAAAAAAUCUGUAAGGUGAUGGACAAGGCCAUGCUUGUUGGUGCACCUGUGAUUGGUUUAAAUGACUCGGGUGGUGCUCGUAUUCAGGAAGGUGUCGAGUCCUUGGCUGGUUAUGCUGAUAUUUUCCAGCGUAACGUGAUGGCUUCAGGGGUUAUUCCACAGAUCUCACUUGUCAUGGGACCCUGUGCAGGAGGGGCUGUGUAUUCUCCAGCCAUCACUGAUUUCACUUUUAUGGUCAAGGACACAUCAUAUCUGUUCAUUACUGGUCCAGAGGUAGUGAAGACGGUCACACAAGAAGAUGUCACUCAAGAGGAACUAGGAGGGGCUAAAACUCACUCACACCUCUAUUGAACUACUCUAAUUUUUUCCUCAGGGGUUGCUUGUGGGGCAUUUGAAAAUGAUGUGGAAGCAUUGGCUACGAUAAGAGAUUUCUUUGACUUUCUUCCUCUCAGUAACAAGAACCCGUCUCCAAUCCGAGAAUCAGACGACCCAUGUGACAGAAUAAUCCCUAACUUGGAUACUCUUGUACCAUUUGACUCCAUCAAGGCCUAAGAUAUAUUAGAUGUGAUUUAUCCGAUUGUAGAUGACGGUGAAUUCUUUGAGAUCUCGCCUGAUUACGCUAAAAACAUUGUGGUUGGUUUUGGACGAAUGAAUGGACGAACUGUAGGGGUUGUUGGUAAUCAACCUACGGAAGCAGCUGGUUGCUUGGACAUCAACGCCUCUGUUAAGGGAGCGCGGUUUGUCCGUUUUUGUGACGCAUUUAACAUCCCCAUUAUCACGUUUGUGGAUGUACCAGGAUUUCUUCCAGGAACACAUCAGGAGUAUGGUGGUAUUAUUCGCCAUGGAGCAAAGCUAUUAUAUGCGUAUGCGGAAGCAACUGUACCUAAAAUCACCGUUAUCACUAGAAAAGCGUAUGGUGGUGCAUAUGACGUCAUGAGCUCCAAGCAUCUCCGAGGUGAUUUCAACUAUGCUUGGCCAACGUCUGAGGUAGCAGUUAUGGGAGCUAAGGUAUGCGGCCAGAAAUGCUUUUAA